AGAGCGUGUACAUGGCGAAGCUCGCGGAGCAAGCGGAGCGCUACGAGGAGAUGGUGGAGUUCAUGGAGAAGGUGGCGACGGCGUCGGCGGAGGGGGAGGAGCUCACCGUGGAGGAGCGGAACCUGCUCUCCGUCGCCUACAAGAACGUCAUCGGCGCGCGCCGCGCCUCGUGGCGCAUCGUCUCCUCCAUCGAGCAGAAGGAGGAGGGCCGCGGCAACCAGGACCACGUCGCCGCCAUCCACGCCUACCGCGCCCGGAUCGAGGCCGAGCUCACCAACAUCUGCGGCGGCAUCCUCCGCCUCCUCGAAGCGCGCCUCGUCCCCUCCGCCGCCACCGCCGACUCCAAGGUCUUCUACCUCAAGAUGAAGGGCGACUACCACCGCUACCUCGCCGAGUUCAAGGCCGGGGCCGAGCGCAAGGAGGCC